CAUUGAGAGUAUAGCUUUUACGAGGAGCCCCUGAAUGCACCAUCAGAAUCCAGUAACUGCGACUCAACGGGGAUUAGCGACAGACUUGCUUUUUUCCAGAGUGAUUUUAUAGUAAAUUAAAGGGUAAUUCUUGGCUGUAUUCGUGUAGUCUACGGUUAAUAUUCUACAUAUGAGACUGACGCUUUUCUGAACUCGUCAACGUAAGGGAAAUGACAUGUCAACGGCUAAUUUUAAUGCUGGCAUUCUUGCGAGGACAGAAUUUGGCUAUGCUGCCAUUCCACUGAAGGAGAUGGAGUGAUCACUUAGCGGCCAACCGAAGUUUAACGUUACUAGUUUCCUCGAUGACAAAGAGGAAUCGCUAUUCUUUUAGUGCGAUUAUUCCACGCUGUUGUACAGUUGAAGGCCUCGAAAAGAUCUAUAAUGCAAGACGUACGCGUCCACGGUGAUUAUAUUGUAAAAGGACGUGCAGUAGGGACGACCGUCUAAGUAUCAGUGAUUAACUUCUAUUCAAGACCUUCGCCAAACCAGCAUCAGAUUUAAUCAAGCCUCAGAUUUAAUCAAGCCAAGUAAAUGUAAAGCAGCGUUUGGUUCAAGCUAGCAUGGAUAUCUUUCCCCGGCCAAGCGGUGAAAUCCAGAGGAGAAACCCUCAGCAUGACUUUGAGCUCAUCCAGAGGGUGGGAAGUGGCACAUAUGGAGACGUGUACAAGGCUCGAAACAUACAAACCGGGGAGCUUGCUGCUGUGAAGAUCAUAAAGUUAGAACCGGGGGAUGACUUUUCCAUCAUACAGCAGGAAAUCUUCAUGGUGAAGGAAUGCAUGCACCACAAUAUUGUGGCCUACUCUGGGAGCUACCUCUGUCGGGAGAAGCUUUGGAUUUGUAUGGAAUACUGCGGUGGAGGGUCUCUGCAGGACAUUUAUCAUGUAACGGGACCCCUGUCAGAGCUUCAGAUUGCAUAUGUCUGCAGAGAAACCUUGCAGGGGUUGAGAUAUUUGCACAGCAAGAGCAAGAUGCACCGGGACAUCAAGGGUGCCAACAUACUUCUAACAGACAACGGAGAUGUGAAGUUAGCUGACUUUGGAGUUGCAGCCAAAAUAACAGCCACCAUUGCCAAAAGAAAGUCUUUCAUUGGAACACCUUAUUGGAUGGCUCCAGAAGUAGCAGCAGUGGAGAAGAAUGGUGGUUACAACCAGCUGUGUGAUAUUUGGGCUGUUGGCAUCACAUCCAUAGAGCUGGCUGAGCUACAGCCGCCGAUGUUUGACCUGCACCCGAUGAGAGCCUUGUUUUUGAUGUCAAAGAGCAGUUUCCAACCUCCCAAGCUAAAAGACAGAAACAAAUGGUCCACCGCCUUCCAUAACUUUGUCAAACUGUCUCUGACAAAGAACCCAAAGAAGAGGCCCACUGCAGAGAAACUUCUUUCGCAUUUAUUUGUGACACAGACGGGUUUGACAAGGAGGCUUGCUGUCGACCUCCUAGAUAAGAUGAGCAACCCAGAAAGCCACCAGCAUUACAGUGAGGUGGAUGAUGAUGAUCUUGAGCCCCUCUCUGCUGUCAGACACACAAUUCGCUCUACCAACAAACCAGGCAGAGCUGAGAAAACGCGCUCAGAGAUAGACUUUCACAAGCUCCAGUUUGAACCACCCCUCCCAAAGGAAACUGAGGCUCAUUCUGAAAUGGAUGUGAGUAAAGAUAAUGACUUCCCUUCCCCCUGGAGCCCCUUUGCAGAGGGAGGAAUAACAACCAGGAGCCUUCUCAAAAGCGUUGAGGAUGAGUUGUUCCAACGUGGACAUGUCGCACAUCUUGACGAUGCCUUUGAAGAAGUAGAGCCGUCGACUCUCAAACCAGGGGUUCCUCCUCCUCUGCCCCCAAAGCCACGAUUAAACUGUUCGUCCGAGGAGCUCAGCGUUAAUGAUGAUAAAUCUCUGACGGUGCGGAGGUUUCCUAACUCGGACAACAGACGAGCCCGGGUGGCUCGCAGACAGAGCACACCUGAACAGGGCAACAAAGUGGAGCAGUCAUCUCCAGACUUCCUCUCUGUCAGCGUCAGCAGCCCAGGCUUUUUGUCUCAUGGCUCAGACCCUGAUAAUGAUUCGGAUGGCAGUGUGAACGAAGGCAGUCCCAAGCCAUCGCCCAACCAACCGCACCGCAAAGAAAAAAAGGAAUUCCCUAAACCAGCUAUCAAUGGCCUGCCACCCACUCCUAAAGUAUUGAUGGGAGCCUGUUUCUCUAAAGUGUUUGAUGGCUGCCCACUGAAGAUCAACUGUGCCACAUCAUGGAUCCAUCCAGACACCAAAGAUCAGUACCUAAUCUUUGGGACGGAGGAUGGCAUCUAUACGCUGAAUCUUAAUGAGCUGCAUGAAGCCACAAUGGAGCAGCUGUUCCCAAGGAAGUGUACAUGGCUGUACGUUAUCAAUAGCAACCUGAUGUCUUUAUCUGAAGGGAAAACCGUCCAGCUGUAUUCUCAUAAUCUAAUCGGGCUGUUUGAGCAGCUGAAGAAGCCCGGCCUGGCCGCUCAGUUCCAGACACAUCGCUUCCCAGACAAAAUUUUACCCAGGAGGUUUGCCUUGACAACUAAGAUCCCUGACACAAAGGGCUGUCACAAGUGCUGCAUUGUGAGGAACCCAUACACAGGCCACAAGUACCUGUGUGGAGCACUGCAGUCUGGGAUUGUUCUGCUGCAGUGGUAUGAGCCCAUGCAGAGGUUUAUGCUCAUCAAGCACUUUGACUUCCCUCUUCCCAGCCCGCUGAAGGUGUUUGAGAUGCUGGUGGUCCCAGAGCAGGAGUAUCCUCUGGUGUGUGUGGCCAUCAGCCAGGGCACAGAGCCGGGCCAGGUGGUCCGCUUUGAGACCAUCAACCUCAACUCCUGCUCCUCCUGGUUCACAGAGAUGGGGACAAAUAAUCAGCAGGUGGAUGCAAUCCAUGUCACCCAGCUGGAGAGAGACACGGUGUUGGUGUGUUUGGACCAAAAUCUGAAGAUUGUUAAUCUCCAUGGCAGACUGAAGUCUAACAAAAAGCUGGCAUCUGAACUCAGCUUUGACUUCUGUAUCGAGUCUGUUGUGUGCCUUCAGGACAGUGUCCUGGCCUUCUGGAAACAUGGCAUGCAGGGAAAAAGCUUCAAGUCCAAUGAGGUGACCCAAGAGAUUUCUGAUCCAAGCAGAGUCUUCCACCUCCUGGGAUCUGACAGGGUGGUGGUUUUGGAGAGCCGGCCCACAGACAACCCCACAGCCCAGAGCAACCUGUACAUUUUAGCAGGUCACGAGAACAGUUACUGAAGCUCUGCUAGAGACUGGACGUUGCUAGAGAAGUGGAAAAGAUGCCUCAGUUUCGGGAGAAAACUCCAGACUUUUACUUGAAGUUCUUUGUCAAGGGAGGCAUCUGGUUUAAAACUGUUAUUGGGAGCUGUUGUUAUUGAUCACCAGAUCCACAGAUCAGUAUGAGCAGAAUCUCUUCAGUCCGGAUUCUUGAGUAGCCUUACACCAGCAGCACGUUUACUGUAGCUCUGCUCAAGCAACAAGGAAAUAAAAGCUUAAAUGAACAUUGUUGCUUAUCAUUUUCCUCAAUUUUCUGUACUGUGGACUGAGUUACAUAUUAUCUAGGGGUAUUAUUGAUAUAAGUGCCAUUAAAAUUCACAAGAAUUUGUGACUGUGUUAGAUUUGUGUUAUUGACUGUAACAUGAUGGUGUUAGGCUUGAGGUUUUACAACUCUGUAUUCAAACUAAUAGAUCAGUUUAAACAGAACCCAUGAGCACUGUGGGUUAUUUAAGCAAUAUUUAUUAAUCUCCUGUUACGUAAUAAGGUAUGUUGUGCAGAGCAGCGCCAUUGUGUGAGCAUUAACUACCUAGUGAGCAGCUCCUGAGCAGCUUUGGGUUAUUUUUACUACUAUGUAUUAUAGUCACAUCGCUCCUGCUCUGCUGCAUUUUUAGCCAUUGGAUAUAAUGUACAUUUUUUUUCUUAAUCCUCUUUUAUAGACCUUUUACUUAUUAUUUGCACCAUGUAAGCACUUUUGUACAUUUUUUAAUUUAAAAUGACAAAUGAGGGACAAUGCUAGGUUCUCUUAACAUCUUUGCAUUCCCUUCGCAACAUGUUUAAUGUAUGCUGUUUUUUUUUAAAUAAA